AGGGAGAGCAAAAGAUAACGAUCGGGUUCAAUCGUUACCUUACACGCCAAAACAUUAAAAGCCGCCACCCGCGAAUCCCUCCAUCUCGCUCGCUCUCUCUCGUGCUCGCGUCUUUCGUUUAUUUUUCCCUUUCUCUUCCUCUUAUUAUUUUCUUAGGGCAGAGCGAAACACUAAGCUCCUCCGCUGCCCCGUCGUCGAGAUGUCAGCAACCGGCGCGGACACCAAGCCGGAGGAGGGGGAGACCGCUGCCGUGGCGCCCGCCGCUGGGGAGGUCCUAUACUGCGGGGGUACCAACUGGGACAUGCUGGGCCGGAUGGGGGGCCCCAAUGCUGCGAACCUCGUUUCCCCCACCAGGCUUCGCCCGCUCGUCGGCGUCGACAUUCGCUUCGUGGCAUCUGGUUGUAGACGGAUGUGCGUUGUCCUUAUUUCAAAACGCUUGUUCUCCCCCACCAGGCUUCGCCCCAACGCUGCCGUGACUCUUUUCUCUCGUUUUGCUCAUAUUUCAAAACGCUUGUUGUCCUUAUUCGUAGAAAACGACGCCAAAAAGGCUCCGUCCACAGUGAUACAAAGGACGUUUAUGAUGCCUUUAAAACUUUUCAUUUUUAGAAGAGUUUUUAACUUAAAAUUGAAGAAUGACUUAGAGUGAAUAUUUUUAUGGUUUGAUAUUUGAACUUAUAUACAAUGCAGCGUGUUGUUGUUUUUUUUACAUCUCUAACCUAUACCUUGUCCUGAAGUGAAGAACUCAAUGCUUCAUUUCUGGUUGCGGUCAGGUGGAGAUAUCAUUGUGUGGACCAUGAUGUCAGAAUACUUGCUACUCAGUUGUUUACUAUUCCAUCAUGGAGAUAUUGUGACUUAAGAUUUGAGCGGUGCAAUCUUAAGAAGACCAUGAUGUAAGAACAGGACGAAGGCGCGGGUGUUUGAAGUCACCAAUCCACGUCAACUCUGCCAGUCCGUUCUCCUCCGUCUCCUCCAUUCCCAUCUUCUCCGCAGACGGGCCAUCCGAGCUUCUGCCUUCAUAAUCAGAUCCAUCUGACGAUAAUGCUGAUUAAUUGUUCCCACUGCCACACACCGCUGCAGCUCCCACCGGGGGCGUCGUCCGUGCGAUGCACCAUCUGCAAGUCCAUCUCCUACGUGUCCAAUUCUUGGGGCGUCCCCGCGCCUCCGGAGGCUUCUCAUACCCUUCCGCCUCCUGGCUCCCUCCCGCACCCGUCGCCAUCGUCGGGGCUAUCGUCGCCGCCGAAGCCGGGUGGCGGUGAGCGAAAGAAAGCGGUGAUUUGCAGUGUCAUGGAUCGGGAUGGCGGGGCUAUCGCCACCACCGAAGCCGGGUGGUGGUGAGCGAAAGAUAGGGUGGUGAGCGAAAGAUAGCCCCGCCGCCGAAGCCGGGUGUCAGUGAGCGAAAGAAAGCGGUGAUUUGCGGGGUCACGGAUCGGAACACGCCAAACGAGCUUAUGGGGUGUAUAAAUGAUGCCAAGUGUAUGAAGUACCUCCUCAUCAAUUGCUACAGCUUCCCAAAAUCCAACGUCAUCAUGCUAACAGGUACUACUAUGAUCUUUCCUAUCACCAUUCACAACAACAGUCGAUCAAUCGGUCUCUCUCAAUUUGGUUCGUUUGGUUCCAGCCAUAAUCAUUGUGAGCAUAAUCCCUUAUAUAAGCUUCUGUUUCUGAGGUCUUUCCUAGAAAUUGAAGUCAUCUAUACGAAGCAUGUUAGUGGACGUAGUUGUAAACGUGCAGUUUAUCUAGAGCUUAAACUCUGGAUUGGUUGUGGAUCUACCAGAUAAAUAUCAAUUACCCAGGUAAUUCGCUAUGCAAAUACCCGGUUCAUUAUUUCAAAAAAAGGGGAAAUUAUAGUUGAAUUAGCACCCCUAACAUGAAUGAGUAGAGCUUAUCAAUCUUCUUCCUCUGUUGGAUUUGUGAAGGAUAGCCUCUUGAUUGGUGGACUUAGCUAGGACAAUGGUGAAUGAAUAUUAAGAUGUUGCAUAUCAAAAGGAAGGGAAAAAGACAUGGGACUGGUGCCUAUGAACUGAAUCAUGAGUUGCGAUCAUAGAUCGGAAUGCCCAGAGAGCUCGUAGAUAAUUCCAUGAAUCAGAAUGUUUACCGUUAGUUUAUAACAAAGGAAGAAUUUGUUCAAAGAAAUGCUUGUGGCCGUGUAUGUAUGUUCAUCACUUACAUAAUCUUGAUUCUUUUUCAACCAUUAUGGCAUCAGAUUGAUAAUUUUGUGCAGCAAAGCAAUCCAUAAUCACUUUAAGUGGUGAAUAAAGCAGUUUUUUUUUUUAUUUAAAUUUUGCAAAAGAUAAUUGUGCUUUUCUUGGCACAUCUGCUUUGUUGCAAAGAUGAGUAUUGUAGUCUAUCUUGCUUCGAUGACAUUUAAGCCCAUUUUAAACUUUAGGGCAUAUACAUUUUCAUUGUAAUUUUUAAAUAGAAACCUGUACUUGUUAAGCCAGUUCGUACUUGUCACCUGGAAUUGUUGUAUCCUUGUUUCCUAAGAUAUGAGAUUCUUCGAGCAGUUGAAGUCUAUCACAAGAAGUAGAAAAAGUUAAUGGGUCCUUGCUCGUUAUGUUAAUGGGUCAAUGCAAUGGUGUAGUCUUCUUUGAUGCAUGCUAGAGAAAGAAAUGCCAUAUUGAUGAAAGAAAAAUCUCACACACCAAUGUCAAAGAAAUCGAUAAACUGUCAGAAGAUGUUUCUCAAUGUCAGUCAAAUCAAGCAAAACAGAUGUAAAACAUGUGCAUAAUCAAUGACAACAGAAGACACUUCAAGUGCAAGACAGAAGGUACACAUUACAGAGAAAAAGGUUUUGCAUAAAGACGAGCAUUAAAGUAUGUUCUGUAUGGACAAUUACCGCAACUUGUCUUUCUCUGCUCAGACGAGCGUUAAAGGAUGUUCUGUGCUUGAAGAUGUAAAGUGGGUGCUGCUGAAGUGGUGUCCUCCGAAUGCUAAUGCUGUUAAAGUAUGUUCAAUGGGCUGUUGCUUCUGGUGUUUGGAACGUGACACCACUGACUUCGUGGUAGGGUGUUUAAGGGAGGUUUUUAGUUCACGGGAUGAAGGGUGCAGUGUGGAGGUUCCUCUUAUGUUGCGGGGAGAGGCUGUUGUUCAGCAUUCUGUCUUCAGUUUUGUCUCAAUACAAGUUAAUCUUCUAAGAUUGCUGGUUGAUAAUGUCUUCCGUUCAAACAAAUGUCCGAGUCUGCGGUCUAAAAAACGCUGCAGCACUGCUAGAUGAAAUGAAGCUCUUGGGUGAAGUUCCAAGCAAGCCAAGUGCAAGAAAGGUGUUAAAUUCUGAGCUUUGGCAUGCCUGUGCUGGACCACUUGUAUCAUUGCCUCAACCUGGAAGCCUAGUAUACUAUUUUCCACAGGGACACAUUGAACAGGUGACUUCUUCAACUAGAAAAAUAGCAAACUCACAGAUUCCUGCCUACACAGAUCUCCCAUCUCAAUUUAUGUGCCAAGUUCGCAAUGUUACACUACAUGCUGACAAGGAGAUGGAUGAAAUAUAUGCUCUGAUGACCCUUCAGCCAGUAACUUCUGAAAAUGAUGUCUUUCCUAUUCCAGAUCUAGGUCAUACUAGAUGUAAGCACCCAACUGAGUUCUUCUGUAAGAUUUUAACUGUAAGUGAUACUAGCAAACAUGGUGGAUUCUCAGUACCUCGAAGGGCUGCUGAAAAGCUAUUUCCACAGUUGGAUUAUUCAAUGCAACCUCCAAAUCAGGAACUUAUCGUCAGGGAUUUGCACGAUAACUUGUGGACAUUUCGACACAUCUAUCGUGGACACCCGAAGAGACAUCUUUUGACCACUGGAUGGAGUCUCUUUGUGGGUGCAAAAAAGCUUAAAGCUGGUGAUUCUGUUUUGUUUCUCAGGGAUGAGAACUCGCAGCUACUCUUGGGUGUUAGAUGUACCAACCGUAAACUAACAGCCCUAACAUCAUCUGUACUUUCCGCUGACAGUAUGCAUAUUGGUGUCCUUGCUGCAGCAGCUCAUGCUGCGGCAAGUAGGAGCCCAUUCACUGUGCUCUAUAAUCCUAGAGCAUGUCCUUCUGAGUUUAUAAUUCCUAUGACCAAGUAUCAUAAAGCUGCAUAUACCCAGGUAUCAAUUGGGAUGAGAUUUGGCAUGAUGUUUGAAACUGAGGAGUCAAGUAAACGCAGAUACAUGGGCACAAUUGUAGGUAUCAGUGAUUAUGAUCCUGUCAGAUGGCCUAAUUCAAGGUGGCGAAACCUGCAAGUGGAAUGGUAUGAACAUGGUUAUGGAGAAAGACCUGAUAGGGUCAGCUUAUGGGAAAUUGAAACCCCAGAAAGUAUUUUUGCAUUUCCUAAUGUAACUUCAAGUUUAAAAAGGCAAUGUCUUCCUGGAUAUGUAGGUCCUGCAAUAAACAAUCAGUUUGUAAAUUUGAACCCAUUUACAAAUCCAACCGAAGAUGGAAAUGUCAACACACAGCACUUCUUCGCUGGUUUUGGGUCAGAAAAUUUUUCGAGGCUUCUUAACAAGCCUUGGAAUUCUAAUUGUGAUGGCCUGCUUGGACAUCACCAGUCCAUAUGUGCCGGUAUUUUGCAGAAUGUUAGAAGCUGUGAACUCUCAAAAAGUUUCUCAGUAAUUAUGCCAGCACUGCAUACAAUGGGAAGUUCUACUCAGCGGGAAGUAGUCACCACAGCAGCAAUGCAGCAGAAACAACAUUUCUCUACACAUUUCUCUACUGCUGAAAAUGCUGCAACUUCCUCUGCAGAUUUAUCUUUGAUGGCAAAUUCCAACAAUUUUGAGCCCACAGAGACAUUUCAGCUCUCUUGCAUUUCGGAUUCUGGAACACCCCAGUGCAUCACAACAGAUAUUCAAGAAUAUUUUGGCACACAAUUAAACUCCCUAGGUGAUGAGCUGCUUGUCCAAGGCAUCCUUUCAUCUGAGGUUCACGACUUAGAUGUUCAAGGAGACUGCACUGUGUUGCAGGGUGUAUCUAACUCAUAUGUGAUAAUGGACUUGUUCGAGGAGAGUAACAACCAGGGUGAGACAAUUGGCAAUCUCCAUCUUGACCCUAUCAAUGAAAGCAUGGAUAUGAGCCAUGUUCCAGGUGCAGCCAUGGACGGCCCCAGUCCAAUAGGAUCUUCCAGGUUUCAAAUUCCUUCUGUGAUUCCAGUUUGUAAUUUCACUUCAAAUCAGGAAUCAGUGUCUCACAUUACUUCAACAAGAAUGACAGACUCAGUAUUCUCGCUACAAGACGUCCCUGACAGCUCUGCAGGUACAUCAUCUGCCAUCAUAGCUACGAAUGAUUGCAGCUUAUACCGAGGUUCCCGGAAGCAAGCAUGUCAACAACCUUUAAGAACAUACACUAAGGUUCAAAAAGUAGGAUCUGUUGGAAGAUCAAUUGAUGUAACACGCUUUAGUAAUUAUUAUGAAUUGAGAUCUGCAGUUGCCUGCAUGUUUGGAUUAGAGGGACAACUGGAUGAUCCACGUGGUUCAGAAUGGAAGCUUGUUUAUAUAGAUUACGAAAAUGAUGUUCUUCUGGUUGGGGAUGAUCCUUGGGAGGAGUUCAUAAACUGUGUCAAAUGCAUCAGAAUUCUAUCACCUUAUGAAGUGCAGAAGAUGAGCCAGGAAGGCAUGCAGCUGAUGGAUGGUUUUGCAUGUACCAUCAAGUAGAAGGAAAGGCACCUCUCGAGACAUUGCUCGCGAUAACCAUGCAACUCGGAGAAUGAAGCAAAGACAUCUAAUGUUUCCCAGUGAACUAUUUGUAUUUUUUUCUCUCCCGUCCAUCUUGUUUAUUAUUUGCUCUUUUUCGUUAAAGUGAGAAAAGGUUAUGCUUAUUGAAAAGCUUCAUGUAAUGAAGCAUAAAUCUCCCGAUCACUUGAAGCCCAUAAAUGAUGGAUAUUGUUUGGAAUGUAAAACCUAAAGGGUUUAAUUGGUGUG